GGAAAUAAAAAUGUUAAAGCAAGGCAAUACCUCGGGCAGAAGGAACAAAGAACAAAGUCAUCACUGUUUUUCUAUGAAUUAAUUAUGAUGACGACCUACCACUACCACGUUCUUUAUCCCCCCCCCCCCCCCCCCCCCCCCCCCCCCCCCCCCUUUUUUUUUUUUUUGAAAAAAUAGUUAAAUUCUAGGAGGAAUCCUAAUCAAUAAUCUCGUACCAUUAUAAUCACCUUUUGAUCAGAUAAGACCACUUGUUCCACUCUUUUAUUCUUUUGGCUCUCUCUCUCUCUCUCUUUCAGCUUUCAGUAUCAUUUGACAAGGGGAUAGAUGGGGUCCGAAGGGCCUUCACCUGUGACAGUACACGUGACUGGUUUCAAGAAAUUUCAUGGCGUUGCUGAAAAUCCAACAGAAACCAUUGUAAGUAAUCUUAAAGAUUAUAUGAAGAAAAGGGGUAUGCCCAAAGGGCUGAUCCUUGGGAGUUGCAGCAUCCUUGAUACUGCAGGCCAGGGAGCUCUAGUUCCCUUGUACCAGACACUGCAAGCUGCUUUAAGCGGUGGUGACUCCGAAUCAUCCAAUUCCAGGAGAGUUGUUUGGGUACACUUUGGAGUUAAUAGUGGUGCCACAAUGUUUGCCAUAGAGAGUCAGGCUUUCAAUGAAGCUACUUUCCGUUGUCCAGAUGAGAUGGGAUGGAAGCCUCAGAAAGUCCCUAUUGUUCCUGCAGAUGGGGCAAUUUCGCGAACACGAGAGCUUUGCAGGGGUACCAACACUUCCGCUUUUGCUUCCCACUUGGGAAAUGACGAUUAUAAAUCAUGAUCUAAAAUAUUGGCUAGUUCAGGAGAUAAAAUGCUCAAUUUUCCAUCCUUAAAGAUUCUCUUUCCUUGUUCUGUCAUAUUUUGUCUCAACCUUCAAAUGCACUGGGAGUGGACAGAAAAGAUGGAGCCUUGACCUAUGUGGUUCUUUCUCUCUCCCAAGGAUGAAGAGUUUUGAUAGAAAUGUCUUCUUUAUCUCAAUUAUUAUUUGUAUAUUGAUAGAUGGAUAACAUCGCAAACCGCUCUUUCCACUCCGACCAUUGCAAGCAAAGAAGCUUCAAAAUACCAAGUAAAGAAAAAAGGGAAAUCUCCUAGAAAGCGGAACUUUUGUUUCUACUCUUUAUCUAUUCUAAAACCGAAAUUAGAACAAAGAGAAGAGGCAAAAUCUUAUUCUGUGGACCCCUUCCAUCAGAUUAUUUUACUAAUUGUAGUUCAUUCAAAAUAAUAAAGGAACUGGUUUAACAAAAGGGCUCUCAAAUGUGAACCAGUACCUUCUUGUAUACAGGUAACGAUUGCUCAUAAUUUUCCUGAUUGCAGAAGGCCUAAUUACUGAUUUUUGGUAUGCUUUUGAUUACCAUAAAACCUUCUCCCUUUUGGAGUCUGGUUAAUCAAAAGGGGAUACUUUCUCCGUUUUACUUUUUUGAAAAUUUACACUUUCUUGCCUUAUUAUUAUUGUGGGAUUACAAUGUUUAUUGAUAGUAUUAAGUAUAGUCUCGUGGAAACAGCUAUGAGGUAGUGGUAAGGUCUGCUGCGUACAUUCUACCCUCCCCAGACCCCAUUUGUGGGAACCUACUAGGUAUGUUUUUGUAUGGAUAGUAAUGGGCAUUGGUAUCUUAUUUCUAUUUAACUUUUAGUAGAAAUAAGAAAUAUAGAUAUUCCCAUGGUAGGAAUAGGGUACAUGUAUUAAGGAACAGAGGUAGGGUUUUAAUGCAGGUGAUAGACAAGGUUCUGGAUCUGCCCUAAUCUCAAUAGCGCACAAGCUAGGACAUUACUAUAUGAAUGAGAUGUCAUCCUAGUUAACAUGAAAAGCAAUAUCACGAGUUCCUAAUAUGAGGUGAUACAGUGCUGGUGAAAUUCAUGAUGAUUGAUGAUAUGAAAAGGGAAAAGGUAGACCUAACAUUAGUUGGACGGAUAUCAUCUUGAAACACUGCAUUCUCUAGGACUCCAUGUGCACUUAGCUGAGCACAGAAAACUGUGAAACUGAAGGAUUUACGUAGAUGCUGUCAACUAGUUAGAAUUAAAGGUUAGUCGUUACUAACGUACAAACAGAGUAACAGUUGGUCUAGUGUUUGUUAGGAGUCCAUUUUAGCUUGAUCAGAGAUUUGUACGUUAUUACAGGGGUAAGUGUGAAAUUUAAAGAACCCCUAGCUUUAGAGAACCUCUAGUUUAUCUUUAUAUUGAGUAUUUGAAUAGAGUCAAGCCAAGUAUAGCAUGCUAUAUGUGGAAACUUUAUUUGAACUUGGAAUUGAGGAGUAGGUGUUACUGCUGUUGUCUUAGUUUCCUCUUCCCUCGCUUGAAAAGUUCGAUAGCCCUUUCUUAAGACAGCUAUCUUUCUUCUCUUAAGAAGGCAAGACCUUUGAAGGCAAAAAAACAAAAUAAGGAUGAGACAACUGAGUAAAUAAGAAGGUUUUGUGGCCAACUAAUUAUAGCCAGUCUGCUGCUUCGGUUAUGGCUACAUAUGUAUAGCCUGGUGCUAUUGUUUGUGAAUGUUUUCCUUAUCUUUUACUUUCCUUCUUCUCCUUCAGGAAAAGGGGGUGCAGGGUGGGGAAGGUGGAGGAGGGAGGCAAAGAGAGGCCUCUCCACAACACCCUACAUCUGCCUGAGGUUGGUCUGUUAUUGGAAUUUAAAUCAGCAGCAACACCUAAGAAAAUCUGUGGUUACCUAGCAGUUGCUUUUUGAGCAUGUCUUCUGCUUAAUAAAGACCAGUUCUUCAAAAGUUGCGUGUGAUUAUUAAACUUUCAUCAGCCUGAUCCAAAAACGAAAAGCUGACAUCAUAAGGUGAUGUUAAUUUCUCAUACGUAUCUGUCAUGUACUCUGUUCACAAGGAUUUAUAGGCAGUACUUGGUUCUUGGAAGAGUUAACUUUUGCAGGGAAGUCUUUUAAUUAGUUUUCUUCCAUUAUCUAAAUUAACUAUUUCAAAAGCACCAAACUCCAAGCAUAGGCACCACUUCUUGGGAAAACGUGUUCAGCCCCAGUUCAUACUUGGUCUCACUAAGAAGAUUUAGUCUUUCUAUCCACAACAUUCUCCUACCCCCCUUCCAGCAAAAAACAUUUUCUUGUCCUGUCUGUCGGCAUUUUUCUAGAGCAACUCUUAAUAGGCUUCCUGGCUAGCAAACAGAUUCUCCUGGGAACAUUAGAGUUAGUUCUAUAAAGUAUUUGUUUCCUUAAAGGAGCAGGAGUAGCACGUUUUUCUGUUUAUUUCCUUGUUUUGACAUUCAAAAUGCUUAAGUAUUCCUCUGUUUUUAUCUUUUUUACGUCCCUGAGCAUUUCCUUGAGAGUGUUAUUGAUUUGUGAUUUCAUGAUAUACAAUCUAAGUCUAAUUUCUUCCCUUAAAAUUCCGAGCGCGUCAAAUUUUUAGAGAUUUUUAUUCAUUUACUUUUACUAAGAAGAUAUUCUGGUUUCUAGGGAUUAUGACUUUGUGAAAUAAGGUUAAUGCUGAAUCCUGGAUCACGUGGCUUCCUAUUCAAAGUUGGGCAAACAGUUUAUAGUUUUACAAAUGGGUAAAAGGAGACCAUAUUGUCGAAGUCCUUUACAAUAGGAAGAUCUCACUGAUUCCUCUGAACAUCUAGUUUCUGCCUUUCUGGAGAAAGGCAGUUUUUACUAGCAUCUUAUAUUUCUGCUGAUCGCGCUGAUUUCUCGAAAUAGCUGCAGGAACAAUAUAUUUUUGUUCGUCUUUGCACCUAUUGGAGUUUUUGCCACUUCUCUUAUACUGUGUUUGCCCUUUGUCUAGACUUCUCUUCCCGUGGAAGAAAUGACCAAGGUAUUAGCAAAGAUGGGAUAUGAAGUGAUGAUCUCUGACGAUGCAGGCCGGUUUGUAUGCAAUUAUGUAUACUACCACUCCUUGCGUUUUGCGGAGCAGAAUGGCGUCAAAUCACUAUUUGUACAUGUGCCCCUCUUCCUAACUAUAGACGAGGAGACACAAAUGCAAUUCGCCGCUUCUUUGCUCGAGCUAAUCGCCACUUUAUACUAAGUCCUUCCACUUCUGUGUCCGGAAGUGUGUUUGCCUUGUUAUUUAUGCUGUGUAUGCAGAAGAAAGUUGAUUUGGAUAUAAAUGUAAUGCUUUAAUAAACAAUGAACUCUUUUUAAGUGAAUGGCAAAUGCAUAUGGUAUGUCUA